CUCGUGCGAUCUCAUGUCCGUAACAGAAUCCAACUCCAAACAGGCAAACACCAUCCUAUGCCGAUCUUACGAUCUUACACCUUUUAAAUUUCCUAAAAUGUCCCUAUUCUUUCCAUGUAACCCCCAAACCCCAAAAACUAGAAAAAAAAUUAAAGAACUUUCACAACAAAGCAAGGUCCUGUCUUCUCUAUCCAUUGAAUUUUACCCAAAAAUCCCCCCACCCCUAAUAAAAUUCUCUCUAUAAAAAUCUAGGGUUUUCUCGAAUAACGCUACCCCUAGAUCCUAUUCUUGAAAGAAACAAAUAAAUAACCCUAAUUUUUCCCUUCAGUUUCAAGGCUCCUAGGGUUUUGAUUCUCUUCCUUUUUUAGGCGAUUGGUUUUGAAUUUGGUCUUUUGCUUCGUUACAAAGUUUGCUCUUCUUCUUUUUUGAAUAAAUUUUGAAGUUUGAGCGAGUUGGUGUUUGGUUCGCGAGAAAGUGAUGGCUACGGCGGGAGAAGAAGAGGUGGAGUACGACAGUGAUCCGGUGGAGGUGAAGCGUUCGUUGGCGAUGCGGAGGAGAGAGGCGGCGAGUGACGAUGAGGAAGGCGAAAGGGAAGAGGAUAAUAAUACUGAGGCGAGGAUGGAUCGGAGAGCUGUUAUUCAUUCCGAUGAAUCCGUCGGUGAGGGCGGUGCUGCUGACUAUGAUGACGACGAAGAAGAAUUGGACCUAGAAGAAGAUGAAGUUUAUGAUGAAGAGGAGGAAGAGGAAGAAGAAAUUGAUGAAGAGGAGAUAGAGGAACUAGGGAAAGGACUAGCGGAAGGGAAUGUGGAGAGAACUAGAGAAGAUAUGAAGGAAGCACGGGUGGAUGAUGGGAAUGGGAAUGUGGAUGAGGGAUUGGAGAUUAAUAAUAAUAAUCAUGUGGGAGAGGAAGAUGAUGAGGAAAAGGAGAAUGAGCCAUAUGCUGUUCCAACUGCUGGAGCGUUUUAUAUGCACGAUGAUAGAUUUCGAGACAAUGUUGGCGGACGUCAUAGAAGAACACAUGGUGGAAGGAAAUUGUGGGAAUCCAAAGAUGAUAGGAAAUGGGGACAUGACAAGUUUGAGGAGAUGACUUUGCAAGAAAAGCAUUAUGAAGAGGGAAGAAGAUCUUCUAGAGGUAGAAAUCGAGCUCGGAGUAAAAAUCGAGGUCCAGAUCAUGGUUAUCGUAGGGGAAGUAGGUCCAAAGCAUUUGGGAAAAACAACAAUCAGAACCAGGCUCCUAAGGUUGUGAGAGGGAGAGGACCUAGGAGGUAUGAACCUACUAUGAAAAACAGCAGUCAGGCUCCAGCACCAACACAGAACAAACCGUCUGGGAAGCCUCUUGAAAGAACUUCACAAGCCAAUUCAAGUAGGGUUUUCACACCUGCAACAAAUGCUGAUGCUGCAUCUGUUCCUGCUAGGAAACAUGUUUUUGCAUCAAGCUUGAGUUCUGCUUCUCCACCUUUUUAUCCAUCAGGGUCUUCCAACAAAGAUAUUACCUUGACUCAGAAGAAGGAUGUGCAAGCUGGAACUGUGGGCAGGAAUCUUCGCCCUUCUGUUACAGAUGAGAAUUUUUCUUUGCCACAAUCCAAUUCUUUACGAGGGAAGAAUGUACUUGAUUCUCUCAGCAUGGCAAAGCUUUAUAUGGAUGAUUCCAGCACGCCAGCUUCUGGGAAGCCUUUGGGCAACAUGCAAAUUCUACCUUCUGGAUCUUCAUUGGGUAAGACUAGUCAACCGUCUCAGUCCAGGGUACAGGGUAGAGGCGUAGCUAUCCCAGGACAGAAGGCGUAUCAGCCAGGUCCACAUCAGAACCAAGCCCACAAAGUAUCUCCACCAACUCAGGUCAAUGCUGUUCAGAGAAAUCCUGUUCAAGGCAGGGGUCAAUCUUCUCUACAGGCAACUGCUCAGCAGUUUGAUGAGCAUCCUGGUAUUGGGUCUCAAGCUUCAUCUCCGCCAAAAACAGCUAUGUCAGUCCAUUCAUAUGAAUCUGGAGAGGCUGAAUCUUCAGAAACAAGUAAAUCCAAGAGUGCAUUGGUGAGCAAGGGAAAAAGUAGUGUUCAAGGGGGUGGAAGGGGCUCUUUUCUGUACGGUGGAGCUCAGAUUAUUGGAGCUACAGGGAGUAUGGCUAUCGGCCACGGUGAUCAAAACUUUCCUGCCUUUUUGCCAUGUAAAGCUUUUGAUAUUUUUAAUUCUUUAAUUUAUCUGGAUAAUGUAAUCUACCAUAAAAGGAUAAAUGGGAAAUGGGGAAAAUUGUCUUACCUGCAACAGUGCAUACUAAAUCCUGGGCCACAUUUUCUUUUUUUGAAUUUCGUAUGGAUUAAAUUAAGUGCUUUAAUAAAUACUAAAUUUUGUUUUCUUUUAAAUAUCUUUAAUGGUCUUUUGGCUAAGUUUAGAUGGAAAUUUAAUUCCUACAAAGUGGUUUGUCAGCUUGGUGCUUAUGUAUCGCUAUGGCAAUACAAUUUCCUGCUAUAUAAAAAUCCACGGCAACUUGGUUGGGAAAUUCAGAAUGAAUGUUAUGAAUCAGCUUUUCAAACUCCCGAUAUUUUUCAGAUAAGCCUUUUUGUGGCUAAUCUCCAAUUUGCUACAGAUUUUGACACUAGUGAAAGGGUAAGGCUACCAGUACUGACAGGUACUGCUGGGGCUUUAGGUGCACCAUAUUGUCCACCUUAUAUUACUGUUGAUGGAGCUUAUCAUACUUGUCCGUCAGGGCAGGCAUCCUCAACAGUAUCCUCAAGCAAAGAAAAUACUUCUAACAAACAAAAUAAUGAAUGGAAGCCUUUGCAAAGACUUGAGCUUGUGAGUGAUGAAUUUGGGCAACAGCAAAAUAACCCAAAUAAGCAGCCUCGCAGAUAUUCUGAGAUGAGCUUUAGCAAGUGAUUUACUUAUUUAAGACAGCCUGUCCCAAUAAACUGAAGAAGGCCUUUCUUUCAGGCCCUUUGUGACCUCCAGCUUUUGACCUGGACCACUUUGGGCUUCAAAUUGUUCCUGGAUAUUGUAGUUAUAUAUGACAAACACCUGCUCAUGCAACAUUCAGUUUAAGAAUAUUAUUGUGACUUGAUGGGUGGCAUUCCCUUGUUUAAAUGUGCGGGUUUUUCUUGUGGUUUGACUUUUUAACGAAGCUUGUGAGAAAUUUAGGCAGGCUUCUCCAUAAGUGUAUGAACAAGAAUUAUUGUGCAGGCAGCUGUUUGCUUGGCGAGCUUAUUAUUAAUAUUUUUUAUUUGCAUAGAUGGUGUUGUUAUUUCUCUUUGUUGAGCAUACUUGCUUGGUUUUGAUGGUACAUUAGUAAUGCUUGAGAUUUUUUUUCUUCUUAUUUUUAUUUGAAGCAGGCUGGUUAUUGAGAUAUCGCACGGUCGGAUUCUGCUUUUGUCAAGUGGUUUCUUUAAUUUAAUCAAGUGCAUUUGGUGAUCAGUGGUUUUGAUGCUUCAUGUUCAAAGCUCAUUCCUGCUUUGUCUGUUGAAUGUAAUUAUACUUUUUUUUACUGUUGCCACGUAAAGUUCAUUUGCGUCUAUUACAGUGUAUUUGGGUCGGAUAAUAAACUUUAAACGAUUUAUAUUAUAUUUUAUAUAAAAAUUACGUUU